UGCCCGGAGAGAGAACUUGUCCCGAAACAUUUGAAAAAUCAUUUUUUAAAAUUAAAAAAAUUAAAGGAAAAAAAAGAAAGGAACCACGAAGAGAGAGAGGGAGGUGGAAACUGGAAAGCAGAUGAUCUGAGGAAAACUUCCAAAUUCCCUCCACCUUCUCCUCCGUCGUCGUCAACCCAAAACCCUAGAAUUCCUUCCCAAUUCCUGCAGAUUACAUACACCUAUACCAACACUACUUUUAUAUUGAUUUAUUUUCCAUCGUACACAUUGCAAUUCCUCCAUUCUUCCCAGAUGUCUCUCAAUAUGAAAACCCUAACCCAAGCCCUCGCCAAGACAGCUGCGGUCAUCGAAAAGACCGUACAGACCACGGUCCAGGAGGUCGCCGGACCCAAGCCUCUUCAGGACUACGAGCUCUUCGACCAGAUCGGGUCCGCCGGACCGGGCCUGGUCUGGAAGCUCUAUUCUGCCAAGGCGGCUCGUGAGUCUACGCGCGCGCACCAGUACCCCAACGUCUGCGUCUGGGUUUUGGAUAAGAAGGCUCUGUCGGAGGCGCGCAUGCGCGCCGGAUUGGCCAAGGCGGCGGAAGAUGGGUUUUUGGAGAUCAUUCGAGCUGAUGCGGCGAGGCUGGUGAGGCUGAGGCACCCCGGGGUGGUGCACGUGGUGCAGGCUCUGGAUGAGAACAAGAAUGCCAUGGCAAUGGUGACGGAGCCGUUGUUUGCGUCUGUGGCAAAUGCACUUGGGAAUGUGAAGAAUGUGGCUAAGGUGCCCAAGGAGCUUAAAGGAAUGGAAAUGGGUAUAUUGGAGGUGAAGCAUGGUUUGCUCCAGAUAGCAGAAUCCUUAGACUUUCUUCAUAACAAUGCGCGUCUCAUUCAUCGGGCCAUAUCACCUGAGAAUGUCUUUAUUACAGCAAGUGGAGCUUGGAAGCUUGGUGGAUUUGGUUUUGCAAUCUCAACAGAUCAAGCCUCAGGAAAUAUGGCUAAUGUUCAGGCAUUCCAUUAUGCUGAAUAUGAUGUUGAGGACUCUGUGCUGCCCCUUCAGCCAUCACUGAAUUACACUGCUCCUGAACUUGCUAGGAGUAAAGCAUCCUCAGCUGGAUGUUCUUCUGAUAUUUUCAGUUUUGGUUGUCUUGCCUACCACUUGAUUGCUCACAAGCCUUUGCUCGACUGCCACAACAAUGUCAAGAUGUAUAUGAAUACCUUAAGCUACUUAUCCAAUGAAGCCUUUUCCCCUGUUCCUCCAGAGUUAGUUCCUGACUUGCAAAGGAUGCUUUCUACGAAUGAGGCUUUCAGGCCAACAGCAAUGGAUUUUACAGGUUCUCCAUUUUUUCGGGAUGACACUAGGUUGCGUGCUCUUCGCUUUCUCGACCACAUGCUUGAAAGAGAUAACAUGCAGAAGUCUGAAUUCCUGAAAGCAUUAUCUGAUAUGUGGAAAGAUUUCGAUUCUCGUGUAUUGCGAUAUAAGGUACUGCCGCCGCUUUGUGCAGAACUUAGGAAUUUGGUUAUGCAACCAAUGAUUCUGCCCAUGGUUCUCACGAUUGCAGAGUCUCAGGAUACGAAUGACUUUGAGUUAUCAACAUUGCCAGCCCUUGUUCCUGUCCUGAGCACUGCUGUGGGUGACACAUUAUUGUUGCUUUUGAAGCAUGCAGAACUUAUUAUCAGCAAGACUAUGCAAGAUCACUUGAUAUCACAUGUCCUGCCCAUGAUUGUUCGAGCAUAUGGUGAUGGCGAUGCUCGCAUACAGGAGGAGGUUUUGAGGAAGUCUCCUUUCCUUGCUAAAAAGAUUGAUGUUCAGCUAGUGAAACAAGCUAUUCUGCCUCGUGUUCACGGCUUAGCUCUUAAGACAACUGUUGCCGCGGUGAGAGUCAAUGCUUUGCAUUGUCUAGGAGAUUUGAUUCCUACACUCGAUAAGCAUGCUAUUUUGGAUAUUCUGCAAACAAUUCAGCGUUGUACAGCAGUUGACUGCUCUGCUCCUACCCUUAUGUGUACUCUUUGGGUGUCAAACUCAAUUCUUAAGCAGCAUGGGGUAGAAUUUGUUGCAGAGCAUGUCCUCCCGCUGCUCAUACCUCUUCUUACUGCCCAGCAAUUAAAUGUUCAGCAGUUUGCCAAAUAUAUGCUCUUUGUCAAGGCUAUUCUGAGGAAGAUAGAGGAAAAACGGGGAGUUACUGUGACGGAUUCUGGAAUUCCAGAGGUAAAACCAUCUCCAUCUGCCAAUGGACUCCACUCCCAAGUCCCAAGCAAAAUAAGUGGAAAUGUCGCCACCGCUGCAAACAGCAGUCCAGCAUGGGAUGAAGAUUGGGGUCCUAUAAAAAAGCAGCCCUCCAAUUCCCUCCAAAUUUCUACAAAUUCCAUUACCUCCACUUAUCCCACUCCGGGUAAUGAACCAAUUCAAGUAACUUCUUCACAGCCAAAUUCCUUGUCGCGAACUGCAGUAUCUAGUCAGCAAACACCCACAUCAUGUCCCCCAGUUGAUAUAGAGUGGCCUCCUAGGGCGUCUUCUGGAGUUACCUCAGUUGCUGAUACUGAGAAGCAAUUAAAUGCAGGAGCAUCAUCCAGUUCCAGUUUUGAUGACGUUGAUCCUUUUGCUAACUGGCCCCCACGGCCUAGUGGCCAAGUAAGUGGAAUGGGCCCUUCCAACAAUGGUACGAUAGAGCCUCCCAGAAACAAACUGUCCGGUGGAUCAAACGGUAUGAACCUCUACAGCAAUAGCAAUGAUAGUUGGGCCUUUGUUACCGGAGGGUCUGUUGAGCAAAUAGGACAUGGUCAAGGCAAUGCAACUUCGAUUACUGGUGGUUUGGGUAGCUCAGGUUUCAACCCCCCUAGUUCUAUUGGAUUUAUGAAACAGAAUCAACCGAUAUCAGCUUCAAAUGCUUACACAGAUAAAAGAUCAGCUGAUCUUGGGUCCAUAUUUGCUUCUGGAAAUAAUGCGCAGACAGCACCUAGACUUGCUCCUCCCCCAUCAACUGCUGUAGGUCGAGGAAGAGGCAGAGGGAAGGGUGCUAGUUCGGUGUCACGCUCCAGCCAUGCGAAAUCGGCAACUGAACAGCCACCCCUUUUGGAUCUGCUAUAAGCUUAAUACAUGGUUUUAACCUUCAUAACGUUGGAUGUAAAAACGGUACAACAAAAGAUUUGGGAAUGGCCCAUGUAGAGUAGGCCUGCCUUGCUGUGUGGAGAAACUGAUUUUGUAAAUGAUUUUGGGAUCCUACUGUCAUAUUUCGAGCAUGGGUGACUGACAGCAGCAGCUCUCGGGGAUAUCAAGGUUUGUUAUGUAUCGGUCUUUUUUGUGCUUAGUUUGUAUUUUGUUGUGAUUUGGCACCAAAUUUUGCAUUGUAAUUUGAAAGCUUCUUGGGUUCAAUUCUUCUGGAUAAGUGUAAUCUUCGUUGCAGGCCCAGCCUCAAAGACUGGGUUUGAAAUCAAUAAAAGAGACUCAGGGUGGCCGAAUGCUAUUGGAAGGAA